CCGCGAGCCGUAGCCGUGCCGCGCGUGUUGUCUGGGCGACGCUUUGCACCUCCUCCCGCCUUUUAACUACCAUCUCCACCCUCCCCAUCCAUGCGCGUCUUGGCCGCGACAUUCCUCGUUCUUUGUCCUUGAACCAAGUCAAUGCGACGCCCGCCCACGUGCGUUGCUUGAAAUACAAUCGUUAGCCAAGCUGUCGCGACAAUGGGCCGUACCGACCAACCGUAUAUGUACAACGCGCCCGCGAACCGCCUCUCCACCUCGCAGGACGCCCUCUACGGCUUCAACCCCAAGGCCGUCACCCAGGCCAGCAGGUCGCCGCCCAAGAAGUUGCCGCCGAAGCAGCAGGAUGGCCCGCUCGUCAACUUCAACCGCCAUCCGGACAGCUACCUGAUCCUGCCCUAUGGCCGGACAAACGCUCAGCCGAUGAACCCCCGCAUUGUCACGCACAUCAAGUGGGCCAGAUAUGUCCAGAUGGCUUUCAGAGUGCUGCAGCUGCUCGGCGCUAUUGGCCUGCUGAUCUGCGUCAUCUGUGUCAAUGGGACACAGGACACUGAGGGCUGGAUCCUCAGAAUACCCGCUGCUGUUGAUCUUUUGGCGUGCUCUUAUGCCAUAUACCACCUCAUGCGUCCCUCCAAGGGCCGUACGCCUGCCAGUUCUGCGGGCUACCACUUUUUCGCUCUCUUCGUUGAUCUCGGUCUCCUUCCAUUCUAUGUCUUCACUGCCAUGAUGGCCGAAAGCAACUGGCAAGAGGCGCCGGGCACCGAGGGACGCUGGAAGUCGUUCUUCUCGUCUGACGUUGCAACUACAAAGAUCCUCCUUGCCACCUGGUUGUUUGCCGUCACGGACGGUGGCUUGCACUUGUUCACCUUGGCACUCGACUUGUAUCUCAUAGUUGUCUUCCGCAAAAUUGCGCGUCUGCCGCCGGACCUGAACCCAUUCGAGAGCAACCUGACGUCGCGUCGCUCGAGGAGGCACAAGCACAAGAGAAGCUCCGUGACGGACGUGUUAGUCACGGAAAAGCGCCUCAGCGACAUGACGGGCAGCAGCAUCUCACUGAGCAACCCGUCGAACGUCUCGCGGGCGCAGGAUCCCCUCAUCCCCGACGCGCGCACCAUGCCCUUCUUCCGCAGCCGCGCCGAGUCCUCCGACAACUUCUCGCCGCACAACCCGCGCUCCGCGGCGGCCGCCUCGCACGCCCACCUUCAGGGCCCCGACCAGACAUACCAGCAGCCGUACCCAAGCCGCGCGUCGCAGCGCUAUGCCGACGGCAAGGCGCCCUUCAAGGGCGACACGGACUUUGGACUUUCGUCGCCGACGGCCUACUCGCCGUAUGACGACCACUCGCCCACCUCGCCAUAUGAUGCGCACUCGCCUACGCGCCCCUCGCGGCACGACUCCCUCAAGAACGACAACUGGUUCGUGCAUGACGAGGACGCCGUCGGCGGCAGCAACGAGCGCCCGCGCCGCUUCAGCUUCGAGGAGUCCGACUACGGCUCUGAUCACGAGGACGAGGACGAAGCCCAUGAGCGCGCGAUGCUGCGCCCAGAGCCGCUGCGGAUGAACCCGCCGACGCCGUCGCCGAAGCCGGAAUCCCAGCAGCAGCAACAACGACAGAAGCACGACCGGCACGACAGCCAGCAAGCAGGCAUCGGCAGCGCGUACUCGCCGCACUGGCGCCGCCAGCAGCCGCCACAACUGCACCAGCCGCAGCCACAGCAGCGGUUCUCGAUGCCGCCGAUGCCGACCUUCCAGAGCGCCAUCGGCAGCAUCAGCGGCCGCAGCGACGCCAGCAACGACGACCACUACGGCGGCAGCGGCGGCGGCAUCGGCCGCGCCCUCACGACCACGAGCCGCCUGACCGACUGGACGGAGAUGAUGGUAGGCGGGCUGCGCGUGCCCUCGCCGUCGGAAUACCACGUCCUGCCCAGCCACAAGGAGCGCAACAACUCGUACAGCAGCAGCAGCUCGCACGGCACGAGCAGCGGCGGCAAGAGCAGCGGCCGCGGCAACCGCUUCUACGGCGAUUUGAUGGCGGCGCCGGCGCCGGGCGGCGUGAGGCAGCAGCGCAGUGCCGAGCGCGUGGGCUUUAGGGUCGAUCGCAGCCCCCGCGUCGUGAGCCGCACGGGUGUCGACUAUUUGGAUAGUGGGGAUGGAGGGGAGCAGUGGGAUGGGGGUGCGCAUGGGCAUGGGCAUGGGGAGGGCAGGGGCCGUGUUGUAAGUGGGCGGGCGGCGGAGGAGGGACGGGCUGGUGCUGGCGCGGGCGCUGCGUCCUGGGGGACGGGGUUGACGCAGCGGAAGGUCAGCGGAAUGGCUUAGGUCGGUGGUUGGUGUGGUUGGUGUGGUUGGUUGUUGCGGGAUUGAGCUGAGUGGUGGCUGGGGCUGGGGAAAGGGAAAAAGCGGUGGCUGGGACUGACUGGAGGAGCUCCUCAGUCCCCACUGCUGCCUCUCUGCCUGCUU